UUGACAAAAUUAAAAUUUGUUCCUUCGAAACGCUUAAAGAAACAGUAUUAGAAACGUUUUAAAGUAAAAGAAUAAAUUGUAAUAAAGUAAUUUUGAAAAAUUCGUAAUUAUGCGGUUUGCUGCUGUCUUUUUAUUUUUGUUUGCAUUUUAUCGUGAUUGCACGACACGCAACGCUUACGAUUUGUAUGACUUACGGGAAGCAAUUCACUUUUGUACAGAAAAUAUCUUAAAUACUGGACAUCAUCCAUUUUACAAUUGCAGAGAAUAUGAACGUGAAUAUGUAGGAAUAGAUAGAAUUACUUUUGGCAGAACUUAUUGCGUCAUGCAACUCAAUUCACCUACUGGACCUUACUAUCUUUGCGCGAGGAAUUUUGAGGAGGCAAACGUAACCACAGAUAUUGCAGAGGAACCAAUACCACCAUUUAUUGCCGAAAUGGAUGAUGUCUCUCGCUAAAAAUUGAUUCAUUGUAGAAUAUCACAAUUACAGGAUAAUUCACAAUGUAAAUUUCUGUAAUAAAAUAAAUAGAUAAUUUCAUUCUACAAAUUUAA